UUAGGAAAAACAAAUGUAUACCUCAUUUAUUUACAAUAUAAACAUGCGUUUGAAUUUGCAUAAAACUAGUGUAAAAGUGUGGAGGAUAUGCACUUUCUUCCUAACGACAUUGCUUGCUGUCAUGUUAUAUUCUUAUAACAAUGACGAUUUGUGCAGGAUGUUAACGGCGCGAGAGAUCAGUGGAGUGCACAUGUUGGUAGAGCGGUCAGAACCCUAAGCGCGAUCAAUUCAUUUAUUUUAUCUUGCUCUGCAAGUCAUAUCGGAUCCGAUCUGCAGGAGCAAACAUGGCGCUUUCUCUUCGACAAAAGCAAACGAAGUGCAUAGUGCGGAUGCUGAACUUGAAUGAGGGUGUGAGGAGUGGAGGCACUGCGGAUGAGGAAGUCUAUAAAGUGCUGAUCCUUGACACUUUCUGCCGAGACAUCCUGUCACCACUCAUUCGUGUCAAGGACCUCCGAAAGCAUGGCAUUACCUUAUAUUUCACAAUUGACAAAGAAAGGCAGAGAAUUCCUGAUGUUCCAGCAGUGUAUUUUGUGGAGGCGACAGCAGCAAACAUAGAAAGGAUAAUCAUGGAUACAUCUCGAGCUGUCUACGACAUUUUUCACCUGAAUUUUGCAUCAUCGGUGCCACGACCAUUGUUGGAGCAGCUUGCUGCAGGUGUUCUGAGAUCGGAUUGUGUCAACAGAGUUGCCAGGGUAUAUGAUCAGUAUCUCAACUUUAUCAGUCUUGAAAAUGGGAUGUUCUCUCUUGGUCACAAUUCUAGCUAUGUGCAAUUAAAUGAUCCUAAGGCGCAGGAAGUUGACAUAGAGGGUGUGGUAGAGGGUAUGGUGAAUGGUGUGUUCUCUGUGUUGGCCACGCUAGGUGUGGUGCCUAUCAUCCGCUGUGCGAGGGGAGGCCCUGCUGAAAUGGUUGCAUCUAAACUUGAUUCUCGCUUGCGGGACCACCUUAUUUCCAGAAACAAUCUGUUUACCGAGGGAAAUUUGGUCAGCAGCAGCUCAUUUCAGAGGCCACUUUUGUGCAUUUUUGACAGAAAUUUUGAACUCUCUGCUGCUGUGCAGCAUGACUGGAGUUACAGGCCACUGGUUCAUGACGUGUUGGGCAUGAAGCUCAACAGAGUAACUGUCCAGGGAGAUGGUAAGGGUAAAAAAUCGUAUGAGUUAGAUGAUUCUGACAGUUUCUGGGUGGUAAAUGCCUCUGCCCCUUUUCCUAAAGUUGCAGAAGAAGUAGAAACCCAACUCGGCAAAUAUAAACAAGAUGUGGAGGAAGUUAAUAGGAGGACUGGUGGGAAGGUGGAUGUGGAUUUUGAUGGCCAUGAAUUAAUAGGCAACACAAAGCAUCUGAUGAAUGCAGUGAAUUCUCUUCCAGAGCUUACAGAGAGGAAGAAGAUUAUUGAUAAGCACACUAACAUUGCAACUGCUUUGCUGGGUGAGAUUAAGGAGAGGUCAUUGGAUUCUUAUUGCACCAUGGAGGAUGACAUGCUGGCAAAGGGUAGUAUGGACAGAAAUGGAUUGAUUGCUAUUUUAAAAGGGAAAGGUACCAAGAUGGAUAAGCUACGACUUGCUAUAAUAUAUCUUCUUGCAUCUGAAACUACAGUUCCAUCUGAUGUUGAAGCCAUCGAAUCAGCUCUAAAGGAAUCAGAGGUGGACCUUUCAGCUUUUCAGUAUGUGAAGAAGAUAAAGUCCUUAACCAUAUCUCUAGCAUCUUCAAGUGCUGGAAGCAAGAAUAAUAUUGUUGAUUGGGCCGAGAAAUUAUAUGGACAGUCCCUUAGUGCAGUAACUGCGGGCAUGAAGAGCCUUCUUUCAGGUGGUAGGCAGCUUGCGAUGACAAGGACAGUAGAAGCACUGAUGGAAGCAAGGCCUAAUCCUGAUAUUGAGAAUUAUCUAUUGUUUGAUCCACGGGCCCCUAAAUCAAGUUCUGGGGCUGGGAAUCACUCAAAGGGCCCUUUCAAGGAGGCCAUAGUGUUCAUGGUAGGUGGAGGAAACUAUAUUGAGUAUGGGAGUCUGCAAGAAUUGGCACAGCGGCAACAGCCUGUAAAGAAUAUUAUCUAUGGGACAACAGAGGUUCUUACUGGGUUAGAAUUUGUUGAACAAUUGUCAGUGUUGGGACAAAAAAUGGGACUGGGUGGAGUUGCACCAUCACAGUAACCAUCACAGUAACUUGACUUCACUUGUAGAAUGCUGUAUUAUUUCUUCUUUCCAGUCAAGUCUUUUGCAUUUCAUAAUGAUAUUACAUCUCUUGAAAAAAGUUGCAUUUCACUUCGGGAACACCAAUUUCAACCAAUGCCAUUGGAAACUCUUAUUCUCAUUUUUCUUGCAUCCAAAGAAAUUGAUUUCUUUUUAGUUUUGAGGA